CGCGUUCCCUCUCUCUCCCACUCUCUUUUAAAAUUCCCUAAGAAGUUGCUCGGGGCUCGCCCCCAGCCCUUGGAGGAUGGUGGCGGAGCAGCCUCGGGGUCCGGCCGGAGGGUGAGGGACGGGGGAGGCGGGCCGGCCGCCCCUAGCGGGCCCGGAGAGGGAGAAGAGAAUGGCCUCACCUCCCGGCUUCAGCCGCUGCCUCUGCGGCCGCCUCCGCCACCUGCUGCCGCCACCGCCGCCGCCGCCGCCGCUUCCCGGCCCUGGUAGCCACAGCAACAGCCGCUAGAGGAGGGAGCCCGGAGGCUGAUGGCCGAGCUGGAGGGCAGCGCGGGGCCCGGCUUCCCAGUUACUUCUUGGACCAAGAUGACCGACGGGAAUCUUUCCACUUCAACAAAUGGCUUCAGCUCGAUGAAAGUUCUGGACGAGAGGUCAGGCAAUCAUGUUCAGAAUCUUCAAUGUUUGAAUGUAAAGACCCCUAGAUCCCUUUCAUUGUCUGAUUAUAAACCUAAGUUGAAACUCAGUGAUUUAGAUGAUAGACAUAGCCUUAAAUCAGUGGAUUCAGGCAUUCCAACCCUGGAAAUAGGGGACCCAGAACCUGUCCACUGCAGCGUGUUAAAUGUUAAAAGAAAACCAUCUGAGCCAGAAAUUGUCCCUGAUCGAACUUUUCAGAGUGCAGGCACGCUCCCACCGUAUGUACCUCCUCUUUCCACAAACACUGAGCAGGAACAUCGUGUACGGAAGUCUUCUACUUUCCCAAGAACUGGAUAUGACACAGUGAAGCUCUACAGUCCCACCUCUAAGGUUCUGACUCGAAGUGAUGAUAUCUCUGUAUGCAGUGUAUCAAGUCUCAGCACCGAACUGUCCACAACCUUAUCUGUUAGUAAUGAAGAUAUCUUAGACUUGGUGGUCACCAGUAAUUCGAGUGCAAUUGUGACUCUUGAGAAUGAUGAAGCUCAUUUUUCAGAUAUUACAUUAAACUCUUCAAAAGAAAUCAGUGAUCAAAACCUUCAUGCCUGUGGCGUAGAAACAGAAGUGGAUAGCAAAUUGAAAAUAUUGGGACCAUUGACUAACUUCUUUACAAGGAAUUUGUUUGCUAGAAAGCAAAAUGCAAGACUUGACCCACAUGGUGAUUUGGGAUGGAAGCUAUUUGGGAAAGUACCACUUCGAGAGAAUUCUCAGAAAGAUUCUAGGAAAACACAACAGGAAUAUGAAGAAGAAGCUGGACGACCUCACAAACCUCUUUCUCCUAAACAGAAUGUGAGGAAAAAUCUUGAUUUUGAACCGCUUUCCACCACUGCUCUUAUCCUAGAAGAUAGACCAGCAAACCUCCCCGCAAAACCAGCUGAAGAAGCUCAGAAACAUAGACAGCAAUACGAAGAAAUGGUGGUUCAGGCCAAAAAAAGAGAGCUUAAAGAAGCACAGAGGAGGAAAAAACAACAGGAAGAGAGGUGUCGUUUGGAAGAAAACAUUGGGAAUGCUGUCUUGGUCUGGAACAAUGAAAUUUUACCCAACUGGGAAACAAUGUGGUGUUCUCGAAAAGUUCGAGAAUUGUGGUGGCAAGGUAUUCCUCCAAGUGUGAGAGGUAAAGUCUGGAGCUUGGCAAUAGGGAAUGAGUUAAAUAUUACUCAUGAACUCUAUGACAUUUGCCUCGCUCGAGCCAAGGAAAAGUGGCGGUCCCUUAGUGCUGGGGCCUCUGAAACAGAGAAUGAAGAUACAAGUUUUUCAGCAGCUGACAGAGAAGCCAGUCUGGAACUAAUCAAACUGGACAUUUCUAGAACAUUUCCUAAUCUCUGUAUUUUCCAGCAAGGUGGUCCAUAUCAUGACAUGUUGCACAGUAUUUUGGGCGCUUAUACUUGUUACAGACCGGAUGUUGGUUAUGUUCAGGGCAUGUCAUUUAUAGCAGCAGUAUUGAUUCUGAACUUAGAUACUGCAGAUGCCUUUAUUGCAUUUUCUAAUCUUUUGAAUAAACCUUGUCAAAUGGCUUUUUUUCGAGUGGACCAUGGCCUUAUGUUGACAUACUUUGCAGCAUUUGAAGUAUUCUUUGAAGAAAAUCUGCCAAAAUUAUUUGCCCAUUUCAAGAAACAUAACCUAACUCCAGACAUCUAUCUAAUUGACUGGAUUUUUACCUUGUACAGUAAAUCUUUGCCACUUGAUCUGGCAUGUCGAAUAUGGGAUGUAUUCUGCCGUGAUGGUGAAGAGUUUCUCUUCCGUACUGCCCUGGGAAUACUCAAACUGUUUGAAGAUAUUUUGACCAAAAUGGAUUUUAUUCACAUAGCCCAGUUCCUCACUAAGUUACCAGAAGAUUUGCCUUCAGAAGAGUUCUUUACAUCCAUUGCUGCAAUUCAGAUGCAAAGUAGAAACAAAAAGUGGGCUCAGGUACUGCUUGCACUGCAGAAAGACAACCGGGACGUGGAAAGGGGAAGCCCUUCCCUCAGACACUGACACUUCGAUGUAUUGGGGCAAGAGAUAUCCAAGUGGCAUGUGUCUUGCUUUCAAAUGGAUACAGGCAUCUGAGAAACAUCAACUCUGUUAUUUUCAAGUUUUAUUAUACUGGAGUUGGCCUUAAAAACACACUCCCACACAUCCAAGGCUUAGCCUUAAGCUUAGUGGCAUGAUGACCUGGUGUCGAUUGUACACAGCCCUCACACUCUGUGCACGAUUUUGAAUAAGAGCAAUGACUAAGUUUUUCCUUUCAGUUUCCAUACAAGAUAAUUAAAUCUUAGCAAGUCAAUAUGAAAUGCUGGAAAGUACUUUAUACACUCUUGUUGUAGCCAAAAUGCUUAAGAAAUGUGCUUUUGAAGAUCUCUUAAUCCAUGACACCAGUUCAUGUUUCCAUAUUUUUGUUAAGGAAGGUAUUAAUCUCAUUAGCUGUUUUUCCCCCCAAAGCUCUGGGUCAUGUUUUUAAAACACAUUUACCAAAGAUAACAUUCAGUGAAAAUGGGAUUGUGUAUUGAUACCACCAAAAGAGCUACACAUUAUUGGGCAAGGGACCUGAUGCUUGUUUUAGAGUUUUACCACGUUGCCUUUAUAAAGUUUCUUAGCAUAUGUGUUUGUUUGAAAUGACACAUUUAAUAUCCAAAGAGUACCAACUUCUCCUAGAGACUGUACCCCUGCUCUAUUGGCAAUCAUACUAAGACGAAAUAAAACUUGGUGGAUAGAAGAACAUAAACAGCCUUUACUUGUUGAAAAAAAAUAGAAGAAACACAACCAUAUGAGAUAUGACUAUACAGUGUCUGUAUGAAUGCAAGUUACAUGACAGACACACUCAGAAACAAACAAAAAGAAAACCCCACAACAGUGGGCCAUGCAUGAGGGAAAGGCCACUUCUUUCCCUGACUUCAUCAGCUGAAUGUCAGAAUAAAUCAUAAGUGCCCAUGGUUACCUCUAUGUAUGGCAUCAUGCGCUUUAGAAUUUAUCAUCACAGAAGAAUGAAGCAAUAUAUACCUAAUAGCUCUGAACUAGGAUUUAAGAAUCCCUUAUGUCUCUUGUUACCCACAGACAGUUUUCCUAGUAAUGUAAUUAAGAACUUCAGUUAUUCCACUUGUAGAAAAUGGUCAGGGUUUUUUUGGACAAAAAUUUUAUAAAUGGGUGAUAAUGUCUUUGUGAAUCCAUGACUCUUUCCCCCACCCCUCUUCCCAAUGCUCAGUGAUCCACCAACUUCUUGGUUUCUUAGAGUGCUGUUUUGACCAGUUCAGAGCAUAUUGUGAUGUCACUUGACAUUGCCAUAAGUGCUUGAGGAGUAUUAUCACACCAUGCAAGAAGGAGGAAGCAUUUCUUAUUUAUACUUCUCAUUCCCAGUUAUAUACUUCUCUGAGUAGAUUGUUGCUGUUGGUGGGUUGAUCUCUUUGAGUAUCAGAAGUCUUAGGCCCAUCCAAACCUGACUGUGGUCUUAUUUCCAUAGUUUUUGCAAAUCUGCUACUUCUCUCUUUUGAUCUGCCCAGUUGCAGUAGACAACUAGAAGGUCAAUAGAUCUUCAGGUUAAGGUAUCCACUUCUGAAGUCAUCAGUAUGCCUAACAUCGCAUACUUGCACUAAGUGUGAUUUGUUAACUUUUUAGGAAUGAACUUUUUUAGAUACGCGUUCAGCUAUAAAAUGCUGACUCUCCUCCAGUGAGAUUUGUAAUAUGCUGUUGAUGUCACUUUUUGCCCCAACCUUUAAAAAGAUGACUUGCCUAUUGUUAAUUUUAAUUUUUUGAGAAGGCAUUCUUUUUCCAUUGGAUGCCCUACCAACCUUUCUAGCCCCUAACCUCUGCAGAUGCCCAUUUCCUAAAAUCAAGAUGUUGAAUGUAACACAAGACUGAAAGUGCCAUGGUUGUGACCAAGGGCCUGCCGCAGCACUUGUGCACUGUUAAGAACCCACAGAUGUAAUUAUUUUUGUUCAUGUACUUUCAAGGAUUUCUGAUCUCUGAGGAUGUAUAUAUUUUCUAUCUUCUCUUGGUGUACAUAAAUAUUUGUUGAGCAGAAAAGUGAUGCAAUAAUGAGCUUUGCACAGUGUGUGAAAUUUUUCACUUGUCUAAAAAUUCAUCUAACUUUUUUCAUUAGACUAAUUUGGAAAAUACUCCUUUGGAUAGAAUUAUUGAUGCAUGUGAAAUUGGCAUAGAAGUCCUUGACACCCUGUGAUUGGACAACUUACCUAAAGUUCUGAAGAAUAGUUUUCAUAACCAAUUCAGGAAUCACCUAAGAUUUUGCCAACUUAAUUUUUACUGUUCAAGUGUUGGGAGGUUUAAACUAAAAGGCAGAUGGACUUGCCCUCUUUUCAGUAGAUGUUCCCAUCCAAAAGAACUGGGCUUCUCCUUAAGAAUAACUGGAAAACAUUGAAAUGCUGCACCAUUUCAGAAGUCUGCAUUUUUCACUUUAUGUGCUACUCAAUUACAGAAUCUAAGACAUCUCAUGUUUGGGAUUUUGUGCAACCUGCACUUUAUAGUAGAGAACAAACUCAGCAUCUUCAGUCGCUAGUCAGAAUGUCUUAUUUCGUUUUAAAAGUUCAUUUUAAAAGUACUUUAUAACUGCUUAUAUUUUUCGAUGUCUUUAAUUCAAAUUGCUUAUAGAUAACUCUUGAUACACUUGCUACAUAUUAUGUUUUGAUUGCUUAUACAGUUAUCCAUUUGUUUUGUUUAGGUGAGUGUAUCAAACAAACUUUUUGAAUUGUAAAUAUGUGGUUUUAUUAAAUAAAAGUCAUGUAAAAUUGCUUUA